AUGCAACAAGACUUCUUGGUAAACUUCCUCAUGGGUGGUGUGUCUGCCGCCGUCGCCAAAACAUGUGCAGCCCCCAUUGAGAGAGUGAAGCUUAUGAUGCAGAAUCAGGGUGAGAUGAUGAAGCAAGGCGCCUUAGACAGACGUUAUGCCGGUAUUGCAGAAUGCUUCACAAGGACUAUAAAGACUGAGGGUCUUCUUUCUCUCUGGAGAGGUAAUACUGCCAAUGUUUUACGUUAUUUCCCUACGCAAGCUUUAAAUUUUGCCUUUAAGGAUAAGAUUAAGGCAAUGUUCAAUGUCGGUAGAGACCAAGGAUAUGGACGCUGGUUAAGUGCUAACAUUGCAUCUGGUGGUGCUGCAGGUGGUCUUUCUUUAGGUUUUGUGUAUUCCUUGGAUUAUGCAAGGACAAGACUGGCAGCCGAUGCCUCUCAUCACGGUGCAGAACGCCGUUUUAAAGGGCUGGCCGAUGUAUACAAGCAAACUUAUGCCACUGAUGGUAUCCUUGGUCUUUACAGAGGAUUUGCGCCUUCUGUGGUAGGCAUCAUGGUCUACAGAGGUCUUUACUUUGGUCUCUACGAUUCUAUAAAACCAGUGCUUCUCACGGGUAAAUGGGAGAGAUCAUUUCCGGCAUCCUUCCUUCUGGGGUGGGUGGUCACUACAGCUGCUUCUACUGCGUCUUACCCAUUGGACACAGUGAGAAGACGUAUGAUGAUGACCUCAGGUCAACAGAUCAAGUACACAGGUGCUUGGCAUUGUUUGACUAGUAUCUAUGAGCAAGAAGGCUUCAGAGCAUUCUUCAAAGGAUGCGGUGCCAACAUAGUAAGAAGCAUUGCAGCGGCUGGUGUCAUCUCACUGUAUGAUCAACUCCAGUUGUUAAUGUUUGGUAAGACCUUUAAAUAA